AUGGGCGACGAUCGGCAGCUUCACCUCAACGGCGACGGAAGAAGGCAUAGCGAGCCAAACUUCAAGCGCCGCCGCAUCACCAAGGCAUGCGAUUUCUGUCAUCGAAGAGGUCGAAAAUGCAAGCCUGUGCCCGAAGGGAGCGGGGUUGAAACUAUCGUCGGCCAUGAUGGCCAGCCCAGUUGUCUGACCUGUAUCGAGCACAAUGCCGAGUGCACCUGGAACCGCGUGGCGGCUAAGAGAGGCGUGAAAUCCAAGACGUCGCCAGCUUCGAUCAAGCAACCCCAACAUAGGGACGUUACUGACAGGUGGUUUUACGAUGAGAGUCGCCACGGGAGCAGAAACCUUGUUCACCGUCUCAUCUGCAUUUUCUUCGAUACCGUGUACCCAGUUUUUCCAUUUUAUGAUGAACCAAGUCUAAUGAAGGAGUGGGAAACGUCCAACAUGUCGUCAAAUCGGGUUGCAUUUGCCCGCCUCAUGGCCAUAUGUGCACUCAGUGCCUCUCAUGUGAGAGACGGCGCUUUAUUCACUCCAGACGUCCCAGAGAUGAUUCGCGACGAGCUUCAACAGACUUACAUGGACGACGCCCGAAAGGCAAUUCCUGACGAUAACCGAGACAUACCCAAACACGAAGUCUUUGCGUAUCUACAGGUCCUUGGCACAAUGUCUUUGGCGGCAAUUCAGAUAAAAGACGAUCCCCUAUUCGAACAGUACCUCGGCCGCUACCACAACAUUGUCGCGCAAUCCGUGUUUCAAUUCGAGACUAACUGGGGAGAUUUGACCUCGAAGGAAGUCUACGUCCGGCGACAAUUCUUCUGGUCAAUGUACCGCUUAGAAGUCCAUUCAGCUCUCAUCCAAGGUCAUGUCAUUCGGUGUCCAGAGUUGCAGUGCGGAGUGUCCUAUCCAGUCCAUGUCGGUCUUUCCGGAGUCCUCGACCCCACCGGCGUCCCCGUCCCCGAGAAUCCCGGGGACCCGAAGCCAGAUAUAUUCUUCCCGGGCAGCUGGCUCGUAGGUUGGAACUACAUUACUGACCUAUACCGUGUUUUGGAGCACGUAAUUGUCCGCAUGCGCAUAGGACGAGUGCAGGCAGUUCAUCGAGACCGAACCCACCUCAAUGAGUUCUUACCCUCGAUUGAUGCCUUGCUAGAAAAGGUGUUGGAGAGAAAAAGCAAGCUGCCAGUGUACGCCUCUCAGGCGUUCCCUUCGUCAGAUAACCGCGAAGAGAAUCUAUGUGGAUUUCAAGUGGCCAAUAUUGCAUGCACCUAUCAGCUUCUUCGCAUGGCGGCCUUUGCAUGCGAUAAUCAGUUUGAGAAAGCUUGCGGUGCCGCCAUCGAGUUGAUAAACGAAAUUACUCAAGUCCCGACCGUAUAUCUGCGCGCAAUAGGCCAUCCAAUGCUACAAGAACUGGUUGGCGUUGGCCACUUGCUCAGCAGUUUCAUCGGCCGCCACCUUAGUACAUAUCAAUACCAUAAACUGCGAGAAGUAAUGCAUGCAAUGGCGGUUUUCCUGCAAAACCUUGGCUCAUCAGUUCCAAAUGCCCCCCAAAUCUCGGGCAAGCUAUUCCAGUACAUCUCCAACAUCGAUGAGGAACUCAACAAAAGAAUCCAGCAGCAACCAAUAACAAUGACAGAUAUGCUUCCAACAGAAAUACCGGGUGGGCCACAAGUCAUAGACGUCAUGCCACCCGGCACCAUGGAUCAGUACCAGGUGCAAGACGCCCCCCUGUAUAAUAUCUCCAUGAACUUCAUGAACAAUGUGUUUUCAACAGCAUUCAACGACGCGACAGAGAUCGAUUGGCGUUACGCGCUUGAGAAUUGGACUACGUAA